UCUGCAUAAUACUGGUCUCUUAUGCCGUUCACUGUGAAGUCGCGCCAGUUUUCUGAUUAAGAGAGACAUUGACUACGCGAACAACCUCGUCACGCUUGAUGCCAGAGCCCUCUCCAGAAAUUGUGGCUGCCGCCAGCCUCAGUCCACUUUCUCCAAUCCCUGUUUCCAUCCAGAAGAACGCCAUCCAAACCACGGUCGUCCCCAAUCUCCAGGAUCAAGCAGCAACUGCUGACGAAGCAGCCUUGCAUUCUGCCGUCCCGCCAUCACCCUCUGCUCCUCAUCAUCAAUUCACGAUGGACGUGAAAGCAGAGGCCAGCGACAUCUCCGACACGAUAGUAGUUGCCGGAGACGACUACUCAGAUGCAUCUCACGAUGAGAGCGACGAGAGCAUUGACUAUGGCGAAGGCGAGAAUGGGCAGGAGCAGGAAAAUGUUGAGCCAGAUGCCGCCAACGAUGACUAUGCCCAGACCUUUGAUUCACCCGCAGCUCAUGAGGAUCAGAGUGAGGCUGAGGAGGCUCAGCCAGAUGUAUCAAUGGCCUCGGAAUCCAUGAAUAGUCCGUCUGCGCCUGACCCUGCAGCUGUCCCUUCUGAUCGUUCAUCAUCACCCACUCCGCCGCCGGCCCUGCCGCCCACCGACGGUUCGGUUCCGGCACCGGCCACUUCGUCCUCCUCUGAGCAAGCCAACGGUUCCGAACAUCCCUCCGAGACCCCAUCUGCCGCCCACGAGACCAGCCCAUCGUCCGCGGCACCUGCCACAGACUCUGCCGCCGAUCUUCCUGAGAAGCAGAACCCAUCUGCCUCUAACCCUGAGGCAGCUCCGGCUGCCGCUGUCCCCGCGGCUCCCACGCCGACGAAUGAAGAUGAUGCCGCUGUUGACAUCCAAAAAUUGGUAGACGACAUCACUUCUAGAGCUGCCGCAACAGCCUCGCCCUCCGACGCCCCUCCAGCGCAAGCCACUCCGGUUACCACCCAAGCCGCUCCGGCUCCUCUGUCUGUAUCCCAUCCGCCUUCACUCCCCCCCAAGCCUUCUCUUCCCAAUCUGCCAGUUAGCCUACCUGCCAUCCCACCGGCUCAUUAUUCUUUCCAAUCCCGCGGCUCCAAUGGUGCUGGCCCGGCAGUGCCGAUGACCAUUGCCAGCUCUGGCGCGCAUGGCCCAUACAAUCCAAAUGAAGGCAUUUCAUCCCUGCCCGCGGCCCCCCCGGGACCCUUUGGCGGCCCGUCUCAUGCCCAUCAUCUGCCCCGUACCGGAGAUUCUUUCCCCGGGGCCUACCCCGGAUCGUCUAUCAAACAACUCUGGGAACAAUUCCAGGCCGACGAGAAGCGCUACACAUCGGAGGCCAAGUGGGAGAGGUUUCCGGAAGGCUCCCGCAUUUUCAUUGGUAACUUGUCCAGCGAGAGGGUUUCGAAACGGGAAGUGUUUGAUGUGUUCCACAGGUUUGGCCGGCUAGCGCAGAUCUCUCUGAAGAGCGCCUAUGGUUUCGUGCAGUACCACACCGUCGCCGAGGGCCAAGCCGCCAUGCAAGGUGCCCAGGGCAUCGAACUUGGUGGACGGAGGAUACAUCUCGAGAUAUCGCGGGUUCAGAAGAAGAAAGACGAAAGAGAUCGGUCUCCAGAUCGCCGAGGGCCGCGCGGGCCCUACGGGACUGAACGGUACGACACUGGAGAACGCGGUUGGAGACGUGAUGACUAUCGGUCGGGGCGUUCACCGUCACCGCGCCGCAACGAUUCCCGUGCAAGCCAUUAUCCCCGAGACCGUGACUUCGGAACCCAUGGGCGCCGACGGUCUCGGUCGCCUCCUCGGUUUGGCCGCCACGGCGACGACUCGUACCGGCGCAGGAGUCCUAGCCCUCAUCGCCGAGCCCCCUCUGACGGUGAUCGAUUUGAUCUGCCCCGCAGGUUUGGGUCCGAGGUUCCCGACGUCCAGAUCCUCCUUCUUCAGGAGGUUUCGCGAGACUUUGUUGGCUGGGUCCAAGGAGCCUUCCAUAACAAGGGGCUGAAGACGGAUGUCAUGUACCUCAACCCCCGGUUCCCUCGAGAGACGGUGCUACAGCGCCAAGUCGUUGAAGGCGUACAUGCCAUCGUUGACCUGGACUACGCCGCCCAGACAAAGGGCAAGAUCCCAAUCCAAGUCUUCAACCGGUCCGGGGGCAGCAGCGUCCGCUUCGAACUCUACCAAGACAUCGACCCCCCCAUUGCCGCCGAGUUGGUGAUGCGCGAGAAGUCUCAGGCCGGGGCGCUCCAUGUACAGCCUCCAGCGCCGAGCUACGCGCCGCCCGCCGCCUACGGCCCACCGCCUCACCACCAGCCAGCCGGCUACAACCCGUAUCCCUACCCGCAGCACCCCGUCCCUCCUCUGGCACAGCAAACGCAGCCCCCCGCCGCCGCCUCGGCCCCACCCGACCUCGCGAGCAUGGUCGGCAACCUCGACAACUCGGCGCUGCAAGCGUUGCUGGCGUCGCUCCAGACCCCGCAGGCGCAACAGGCCAGCGCCGCCGCCGGAGCGGGUCCCCAGCAGACUUCUUAUCCCGGCGUCAUCCUGGCGCCUGCGAGUGUUCAGUCUUCGGCCGCACCGCAGCAGAUCGACAUGAAUGCGCUGCUGGGCAAUCUCCGGAGCGCUGCCGCCGCGGCGCAGCCGGUGUCUGCCUAUGGAGCGGUGGCGCCUGCUGCUAGCGGUGCUGCUUAUCUUCCAGGUGGUGUAAAUGGGUAUGGAGGUGUAGGCGGAACUGGUGUGGUGGAUCCGGCGCAGCAGGUUCAGACGAUUAUGGAUCAGCUGAAGAGGGCUGCGCAUUAGAACUGCCCCGGU